AUGGGUUUAUUAGCACUUGGUACCCCAUUCAAUUGGCCACAAUGUAGUUUGUACUACAACAACUUUUUUAGAUCACCACAUUGCAAUUACCUGGAGUAUGGAAGGUUCAUGCUAGAAUCAAACCCAGGCAAACCUUAUGGUCCAUCACUAGAAGAUUGUCUGAAGGUCAAAUAA